AUGAGCACCGCCUGGUCUCAGGUACCCAGUCUCAAAGCAGACAGAGCACGAAUCCAUUUCCCAAUCAGACACCCUCCCAAUAUUGUUGGAAUGGAGCUCCCAUCAUCUUAAUCAUCUCUGAGCAUUGGCCUUGUGUACUGUGCUCUGUGCCUGAUGGGAUUUGGAGUCUAAGCUCAUGUGGAGAGGAGAAGGGCACCAGGCUGGACAAGGGUCUGAAAGCCAGCCGUAGUUUAUAACAGCUACUUAUCAUCUAGUGGGGCCUCCUUGGCUUGCAAGGAAGCUCACCGGACCCUCAGGAGGCAUUCCUGGUCAGCUGCCGGUGCAUAGCUGUCAACCGUCCCUUAUUUGGUGGGAAAGUCCUUAUCCCAGCACCGUGUCCCACUGCUGUCCCUUAUUGAUGAUGUCCCUUAAAUUUCCUGGGUUUCAAAGGAAGCAGCUCCUCUCCCUCCCUCCCUGCCAGCCAGGGAGGAGGAGGCUCCAACUGUGUUGCUUGGCUGCCCGCCCCGCCCCCCUCCAGCCUCUUCUCACCAGCCUCGGCCCCCAGGAGCCCCUCCCCACCGGGACUGAGGAGCCUUGAGAGGAGAGCGAGGGCAGCCAUAGAGAAAGCAGUUCAGAGAGAGGAGGAGGCGGAGGCGCGGGCAGGUGUUCCAAGGGCUAACCAUAAAGGGGGAAAGCAGAGGAAGGACCGCAAGCGCUUCCCACAUAGAUUUGUAGUGGUAGACUAGCAUAGAAGGUCUGAUCUGUGGAUUUACUUCGGGCACUAUUCCCCCCCCUUCCUCCCGCCCCACCUGAUGGAACGGAGAGCUACAGAUGGAGCACGAGAGAAAAGAUACAGAACUGCAGCAGCAUCUUCGUAGCUUAGACUUCGUUUUGCCCGAAAAGUGGUGGCUGCUUGUAGUUAUUUAAUUGCAGUGUUUCAUCAGAUGGUGUCAUGAGCAGCAACCUCUGGAAACGAAGGGCCAAAUCUGGCACUGCUCUCCAAAAUUAUCUGGUCCCUUUUAACUUCGUAUUUCAGCUGGUUGGCUAAAAUCCCUUAUUUUGGCUGCCGAUCCCUUAUUUUUGAGGCUGCUGGUCCCUUAUUUUCAAAUCUGUAAGUUGACAGCUAUGUGCCGGUGCCUUUUCUUUCUUCUUGCAGUUCUAUGACAUGUAUGCCAGCAUUCUGAAGUACUUUCCAGGGCCACACACCAAGAUCUAUGACAUUCUGGAAGACAUGAGAGCCUACAUUGCCAAGAGAGUGAAGAAGAACAAGGAGACCCUUGACCUCAAUGCCCCUCGUGACUUCAUUGACUGCUUCCUCAUCCAGAUGGAAAAGGUACCCUUGUUGGCACAUGAAAUGAGUGGGAUUUCCACAGGGAGCUGUAGGGUUAACACAAGGAUCACUAAGACGCACAUCACUUACAAAGAGAUGCGAUCUCUGGACUGCCACAGGGGCUCUGCAGAUUCUGCUGCUUGCUAGCACACCUUGCUGAUAAUACACUUUGCAAAUGCUUCAUGAAUAGGUGUGCCACCAUUUCAGUCACAGGUGAACCUAGAGUGUGCAGGUGAUGGUUACAGGUGAUGAAUGAUAUUGGCUUAGGCAUUGGUCCUAACUGACUAUAUCCGACUUCAGCCCGUCCGCUAGAAGUCCAGGAAGGGUUAACCACCAGUAGGGGAGUCCUGCUGAUGCACAUCAGCUGGUAACUCUCACGGGGUCACCGCUAGGGGGCGUGCCUUAAUGAUCUGAUGGGGUGACAUGUGUCCAGCUUGCCUAGUUUCUCUUCACCCCCAUCAGACAAGUGAUAUCCUUCUUCCAUAAAAGGACUAUAACAGAGGCAGCAGCCCUGAAACCAACUCCCCCUACGUCUCACCCCCAUGGGGAAUCCUGAUGACAUUGGCUUCCUGUUUGUCUUCAGGAGAAAGGCAACCCGUCCAGCGAAUUCAACACCAAGAACCUAGAACUCACCACACUCAAUUUGUUCUUUGCUGGGACGGAGACCGUCAGCUCCACCCUGAGAUAUGGGUUUCUGUUUCUGAUGAAACACCCCGAAGUGCAAGGUAAGGAAGGGAACCAGCACACUGCCGCCAGGCUGAUUAAAGCUCAACCUAGCCUGUUGGGGGCUGGGGAGUGAGUAAGUAAGGGGGAGAUACGAGAGAGGUGUGUAAAGUUAGGCUUGGUGUGGAGAAAGUGGGCAGGAACAGUUCUAACCCAACAGAGCCAUCCAGUGAAGCUGAAAGUUGGGAGAUAACACAGUGAUGAACUAUGGAACUCACUGACACAAGAUGUUGUGAUGGCCACUGGGACAGAUUUAAAAGAGGACUGGACCAACCCAUGGAGAAUAAGACAAACCAUGGCUCUUAAUCACGAUGGCUAUGUUGUACUUUCACUGUUGGAGGCAGAUAUGCUUCUGGGCCCCAGUUGCUGGGAACUGCAAGUCAAGAGAGUGCUGUUACAUUCAGGUCAUGCUGAUGUUUAGUUGGGGACAGGAAGACCAGGUUGCUGGACUGCCUGACCCAGCAGGGCUUUUUAUACAUGCUGUUUUUAUUCCCUGUAUUUUAAUAGACUAGGCUUGUUGUUUUUAAGGAUUGAUUUUUAAUUCCAUUUGAGUUGAAUUAAUUAUUGAAUUGAUUUGAAUUUUAUUAUUACGGUCACAGAUCAGUUCCAGCUCACUUACAAUAUCAGGAAAAUCAUAAAACACAAUAGGAAUACAUUGAAUUGCAAUUGGGUAUAACAGAGACAAUUCAUAUAUAGGAGCAGUUAAAAAUAUAUAGUAAAUCUUGAUCACUAAAAUAUAACCUAAAAUUGUCAUUUAAAACCUUAAUCAUUUUGGUAGUACAGCUUGUUCCCUAAGUUUUAUGGCAGUCGCACAGAAUUUGGCCACCUUAGCGUGAUCUCUAGGUCCUUGUCCUCUACCAGGAGUUCUAGACAUUGAAGUUCGGACCCAUUUGGAGAUUUUUGUAUAACAGGAAUGAUAAAUACCGAGCAUAUAUCCCCGUAGAAACGACAGCAUAACAAGACAUGAGAGACAGUUUCUACCUCCAUCAAUCCGCAGGGGCAGACUCGUUCCACGUACAGUUUACCCUCAAAUUUGCCCUGCAAUAAGGCAGAUGGCAGCACGUUGAAUCUAGCGAGGGUAAAUGACCGUCUGUAUUUGGGUAUUUGUAAUUUUGACAAAUAAUUUGCUGGGGUAAAUCCUCUCCCAUUAUCUUUUAUCACUGGGUGUUUAUUCAUCUCGGUCACGUGGCAGAAUUAAUCAUUUAUUAAAUGGUUACCUUCUCAUAUGCUUUCAGCUUUUUGUAAUUUUUUUUUACUCCUGUCUUGUUUUAAUUUGCGUAAGCUGCCUUGAGUCUGGAGAAAUAAAGAAACAUUUAGCUAGGUUCAAGCUGAAAACUGAACUGCGUUUUGGUGCUAGAAAUCUUAAGUACAGUCAUACCUUGGGUUAGAUGUGCUUCAGGUCGAGUGUUUUCAAGUUACGCUCCGCGAAAACCCUUAAGUAACGGAGCUAUUUCCGGGUUUCGCCGCUCGCGCAUGCGCAUGCGCAGAUGCUCAAAAUGAUGCAGCGUGCAUGUGCGGAAGUGGCAAAACACAACCCGCGCAUGCGCAGACGUGCCGUUGUGUCUAGGAACGGGGCUCCGGAAUGGAUCCCGUUUGCAUCCAGAGGUGCCACUGUAAACGGAUAGCUCAGGGAGUGGACUACGAGACUCGGGGUCGUGGAUUCAAGCCCCAUGUUGGGCCAAAGAUUCCUGCAUUACUGCGGGUUGGGCUAGAUGACCCUUGUGGUCCCUUCCGACUCUGAUUUUCUGACCCUUCUCUGAUCUAAAUGCAUUGGACAGCAAAAAUGCACCAGGAGAUUGACCAAGUGAUUGGCCAGAACCGUGCCCCAAACAUUGAAGACCGGAGCCAGAUGCCUUAUGUGGACGCUGUCAUUCACGAAGUGCAGAGGGUCAGUGACCUCAUCCCCAUGAACGUGGCCCACUCUGUGAUGCGCGACACUGAAUUCAGAGGCUACAUCAUCCCUAAGGUAUCCGUUGUGGGGCAGAGGGGAUGAAAAGUGUCUGGGACACAACAAAAUGGGUUCUUGUUGUUGUUGUUUAAAAGAGAUUGCGUGGUGAGUUCCCACCUCCCACCAGUGGAAAGAACGACACAUGACACCAUAAUUAAGGUGAAUGGGCUAAAAUUGGCCACAACUUUAUUGGUUACAGGUAAAAGCGGUAUUGGCUUAGGCAUUGGUCCUAUCAGACUAUCCGGCUUCAGCCUGUUUGCAUGAAGACUGGGAAGGGUUAACACCAGCAGGGGAAGCCCUGCUCAUGCACAUCAACUAGGUAACUCCCCCGGGGUCGGGGGGUGUGUGCUUUAGGCCCUGACCUCCAUAGGCUUCAGGACGAGGCAACGCCCCCCGGAAUCCUUUACCAGACUACCCUUCAAUAUUUGGGGGAGGUGAUGGCGCUCCCCCCCCAAGAGAUCUGCAUGCCAAUGCUCCUACCAAUGCCUAACCGCCAAUCCCAGGGAAGUUGUGAUGAUUUGCUACAAGGUAGGCGAAAAACCAAAUGGCCGGUGCCAAUUUGCCAAGUGCAUCUGGCUCACUCUGCCUAAUGGCAAGGCUCUUGGCUUAAGCUGAACUACAGCCAGAGGUGGAAUGCCUCGCUGACCCCAGACGGAUGCCCACAGUGAUGCUUCUGUAGAGUGGGGGGACGGGGACCUGUAGAUCAACUGACCAUUUGACCAGAUUGCAUGAGAUUUCUGUGGGUCAGCUACUCAUGUGGUGCCUUCACAUUCAGGCAGGGCAGUCUGUAGAUGUCACAGGGAGGAGUUGGCCGGUGGUCGAAUGUGGCUGGCAAUCCAUCAGUUGAGAGAAGGGGUGAAGAGCUUCUCUCUCUGACUUUCCCGAAUCUUUGCAAUUCUGACCUCAAUAUUCUCUCCCUCUUUUUCCUAGGGGACAGAAAUCUACCCUUUGCUCCACACUGUCCUGUUCGACCCCAUGAAGUUUAAAAGCCCAUUUGCUUUCAACCCAGAGAACUUCCUGGAUGAGAAUGGGCGCUUCAAGAAGAACGACGCUUUCAUGCCAUUCUCCUCAGGUAGAUAGAAUAAGAAUAAGAAUAAGAAUAAGAAUAAGAAUAAGAAUAAGAAUAAGAAUUUAUUCAUUUAUUUCUACCCCUCCCAUCUCGCUGGGUUUCCCCAGCCACUCUGGACUGCUUCCAACAGAAUAUUAAAAUACAGUAAUCUAUUAAACAUUCAAAGCUUCCCUAAACAGGGGUGCCUUCAGAUGUCUUCUAAAAGUCUGGUAGAUGUUUUCCUCUUUGACAUCUGUUGGUAGUGCGUUCCACAGGGCGGGUGCCACUACCGAAAAGGCCCUCUGCCUGGUUCCCUGUAACUUGGCUUCUCGCAGCCAGGGAACCGCCAGAAGGCCCUCGGAGCUGGACCUCAGUGUCCGGGCUGAACGAUGGGGGUGGAGACGCUCCUUCAGGUAUACUGGACCAAGGCCUCCUCUUAAACCAGGCUUCCUCAACCUCGGCCCUCCAGAUGUUUUGAGACUACAAUUCCCAUCAUCCCUGGCCACUGGUUCUGCUAGCUAGGGAUCAUGGGAGUUGUAGACCAAAAACAUCUGGAGGGCCGAGAUUGAGGAAGCCUGUCUUAAACACUUUUUUUAUUUUUAUUUUGGAAAUGAGAACCUCUCCCAUCCCCUCCUCCUUCACUUUUUGAAGUUGUGAAUGUCGGACUUGCGUUCGACCUAGCGACUCUUCUGGAAUCGCCCUUCUCCGAUGUAAUUAACGACCUGAGCCUCUGAUAAGGCUCCAAGCACGUUCCCCAUUCCGCAGAGUAUUCAGCACAGGGAAGGAGCUGAGAUAGCAUGAGCUACAUGCUAAGAGUUUUAUUACGAAGCUACGCAGACAGAAAAGAAACAUAUCCUGUCUGUGUGAGAGCAGAGAGCAACCAAAAACAAAGGAACAGGAACCUCACAUCCGUCUCCCGUGAGACUUCCAACAGUAUGGAAUCUCUGAAAUGUAAACAGAGUCUUGUGACUCCAAGAACUGCACAGUGGCAACAAAGAGAAACUAACAGUGAACCUGGGUCUCCUACAGAAAACAAACCUUCACUGCACUGUGGCUUUUACUUGGUCGUUUGUAGUGUUUACACAUACCCUACUCCCUAACACGCACCAUAAUAAAUAAAUGUGCAAAGGGAUGGGGGGAUGUUAAUAACAAAUAUAUGGGCAAAAUCUGCUGGAGGGAAGUAUUGGUUGUACGUAGGGCUGCCAACAUUGGUCGGUCAAAGUAAGGGACAGGUCUGGGGUUGGAGUGGGGGAGACGAUUGGUUCCCUUCCAGCUCUACGAUUCUAUGAAUCUAUAAGCCAAUUUUACAUACACAGUCUGAAGAAAUACUUCCUUUUGCUAUCCUAGAUCUCCUGUCCCUAAAUUUCACUGGAUGACACACACGCUCACACAGAGAGAUCUGCCAAAACAACAACAGGGUUUUAGUCCUAUAAGAGAGGAAAACUCCCCUCCCUCCAUUCACAUGGAUUUCAGCUGUUCUAUUCACGCCCCAAGGACGUUGGACUUGACCUAAACUUGGCCUCUAACCCCAAAGCCCAUGUCUUCCCUCCCUGCUGAUUCUUCUCCCUUUCGCCUUGCAGGGAAACGGGUGUGUCUGGGUGAAACGCUCGCCCGAAUGGAGCUCUUCCUUUUUUUCACCACCACCCUGCAGAGAUUCCGGCUGAAGCCCCUUGUGGAUCCCAAGGACAUUGACACAACCCCCCAGGAGUCCGGCUUUGCCACCAUCCCGCCCUUCUACAAGCUCUGCAUCGUCCCGCGUUGA